UCUAAAUCUCAUUUCUUCUCUUGUUCUUCAUUUUUUUCUCCAACAAUCGAUGAAGAAAUUGCAGCCUCCCACUUCAAAUUCGGUGACGCUCCAAAUCCUUCUUCUCUCAAGCUGCUCCUUCCUUCUGUUUUUUUCUUUUCUCGGCCUCAAAAUCGAUGAUGCUCCAUAUUGUCAAAGAGGGGACAGAUCUAGUCACGAGUUUUAUCAUGGU